AUGGCUCACAUUGCCAACUGCCUAGAAAUGGACCAGGAGGACCUCACCAUUGGUCUCAAUAAUUAUAUAGCGGCAAAGACCGUCACCGAGGAGUCCAAUGAGCCGUUAGGUAGAGCAUCCCCUUCGGGAGAUAAACCGUUUGCCUGGAGAAUGCAGCCCCAGAAAUAUCAGCUUUUUCCCAAGGGCAAACAGACGGUUCCUGCCCCAGGGAAACCACUAGAUCCCGAGCAGGCUCAGGCAUUCGCCCUGGCCAGGAGCCAGAACGGCGAGAAAAGCGAGAGGACGGCUAAUCUGCACCUGAAGCUCCGGCUCAAUCAGCGCGAGAUGCGCAACCGGAAGAUUAGCGUCUCGGAUCUUGCUCCCUUGACGACGGUGCAGGAAGCUGCCAUGGACUCCCCUACCAUCCCCGGGCGGCCACCUGUCCAUGAGCGGUCUAUCAGCGCACCGGGAAGCUCGUGGAAACAGUAUUCCCUUGGCGACUGCAUGACGUCUGGGAGGACACGGACACUGGAUGAGAGACCAGAACUUCGAUCAGCUUACCGAAGCAAUGAAGAGCUACAGCGCCCUGAAAAUGAGCCCCGACAGCCACUGUCCCCGAAGAGUCUGACGCCACUCGUCAUACCGACGUCAAACCCCAUCGCCCCCCACUUGGCGAGACGGAUAUCCAACAGUCGACUCCGGUCUGGCAGCACUCCCGUCGAUGGCCCAACCCGCGGCGCGCGGGUUGACGACUCCCCGCGGGUAUGGACGCCCUUCACGCCAGUUUCCGCCGCUUUGACUACACCGAGAUCGGCCGCGACGACAGUCACGACGACAUCGACAUUGGCUACUCCGAUUUCGGCUCCCGCGGACCACAGGGAAUCCCCAAAACCAUGGGAGAGGUCGACGGGCCACGCUGCAACAGGGGCGCCGAAGGAGGUCGCCUCUGAACGUUCCACACCCAGAGGGGAGCUCAGUGACCCACUACAAAGCCUCACCCUUGGACACAGGCGGAACCAGUCGGAGUCGGACAGUAUAAUCAAUCGGGGAAGGCCGCCUAGGCGACUCGAAAUCUGUGCGGGCCCGGCGACUUUGAAGCGCAGCGGCUCGAAGAGGAACAAGAGCUCGGAGGGGCAUGCAAUCGAGCAGCUCCCGAAGGGUUGGAAAGCUAGUGACGCUGUCAACAUCAUGAGCCCAGCAGAAAUUGCUUCCCUGCAAAGGCAGGCCCUCCAGCAAGCGGCCCGGUUCGAAGUCCUCAGAAAAGAGGAUGUCGAUAGUCUAUCACGGGAACUUCGCCAACUCGACGAGCGUGCCGAUUACCUUCGCCACACACACACGUCCCUUCGGUCAGGGAGGCGAAACCUCCACUCGCGCAUCUGCCAAUAUCUCCGCUCUCCGCGCACAGCCAAGUUCAGUCACGAAUCAAUCCUCAAACAGGAGGAGGCCCUUGCGGAGCUCGAUACCUCGAUCGACGAGUGGACCACUAAACUAGAGCAUGUCGAGAACCGACGCAUCAGGGUCCGCCAGAAGCUGCUUGAGCAUGUUGCUGCCGCCGCCACUUUGGGUUCCCCGACUGGGAGCGUAGUGGGAGUCAGCGAGAGCUUGCAAUUUGCUCUUGGCGUUGUUCGGCCCCAGAACGCUGAGCUAUCCACCCCGCCUCGGAGCCCAGUCAAGACCUCGUUUGCACACGCCGUACCAUCAUCGUCGUCUUCGCCGCAUCGAGCCCAAGUGCCAUCCACAAUCCUAGAGCAACCACUGUUCGAGGAGGCCGCCUCUAUGGACGCUAAAGACUCUAUGGAUGCCAAACAGACCGUGGAUGCGAAAGAUUCCACAGAUGCCAAAGACAUACCGGAUGCCAAAGACGCCGUAAAGGAGCCAGCUCUCCGCCGUGCCGAAACCAUCCGUGUGUACGCAGCUAAUGACGUGUACGGAGCUCAUGACACAGACGAAGCUCAUGACAUGUACGGGGCUCAUGGGGUGUACGCUCUCAUGGCGGAUGUGGAGGACACUGUGACCAAGAUGGGCGGUUGCGAUGCCCAGACCAAGGACUCUUGCGCGAUAGUGUCCGAGGCGGAACGGCGAAAGCUGUGCCGUACCCUUAGCCAUGAUGUCCUCAGCGGCGGCUCUGUCCCGAGUGGUGGCUCUAUCCCAAGAAAGCCCCUACCCGUUUCGAAGUUGGCUGAGAAGCCGUCUUCCUCGUCAUUGACUUCCUCGUCGCCCACUUCCUCGUCAACGUCUUCCACUAAAACACCCCCUUUAGCUGAACCAGACACUGGGGAGGUCCUUCUCACCAGUGCCGUUUUCAAGCCUUGA